AUGAGUGCACUCCGUGAGCGAGUUCGAAUCGAACGGCAAAUUACUCGACUACAGUAUUCGUUGUCCAUAGAUGCACUUCAGCUCAGUGAGGAAUACCAAAAAAGGAUUGAGGUCCUAAAAGCGCUGGAUUUUGUCGACUCUACUGGCAUGGUGACUUUCAAAGGUCGUGUCGCGUGUGAAAUACAUCAUCAGGAACUGCUCAUCACUGAACUGAUCCUCUCGAAAAAGCUGCACGAAAAAUCGCCAGCUGAAGUGGCGGCGAUGUUCUCGGCAACCACCUGUCAGUACAAAGGCGGUGAUGGGCCGCAGUUCGACAAGGACAGCAUUUUCCUGCAGCUAAAAGAAGACGUCCAGUCGACGAACGAUUGGAUCGAGGGACGCGCCGCAUUGGUGAAAGCUCGUAUAGCCGACGUCGGCGAAGAACUGCGCUACGAUCUCAUGGAAGUCGUGUACCAUUGGGCCAGCGAAAUGCCAUUCUCUGAGAUCAUGGCGAUGACCGAUGCUCAAGAAGGACUAAUUGUGAGAUGCAUUCAACGGUUGGGCGAAGUGUGUAAGGACGUGAGGUAA